AUGGAGUACCGAUAUUUGGGUCAUAGUGGACUCAAAGUUUCAGUUCUUUCUCUUGGUGGCUGGGUUAACUUUGGCCGAGUUUCACCAGAAGUUUACGAUGGUGGAAAAUCUGAAAUUGAUAUGGGUAACGCAAUCAAGAAAUUGGGUUGGAAACGAUCUGAUUUUGUGAUAUCCACCAAAAUCUUUUGGGGCGGAAAAGGACCAAAUGAUCGGGGAUUGUCCAGAAAACAUAUUAUUGAAGGGUUAAACGCGUCUCUGAAAAGAUUGGAGUUGGAUUAUGUAGACAUUGUAUAUGCUCAUAGGCCUGACCCUGAUACCCCAAUGACAGAAAUAGUUCGCGCCUUCAACCAUGUAAUUAAUCAAGGAAAAGCUUUCUAUUGGGGAACUUCUGAAUGGCCAGCUCAUCAAAUAGUAGAAGCUUACGGUGUUGCUAACAAAUUUUUACUCAUUCCCCCAUUGGCUGAACAAACACAAUACAACUUGUUUCAUCGAGAACGUGUCGAACUAGAAUAUACUUCUUUAUUUAGAGAAUUCAAAAUGGGUGCAGCAGUGUGGUCACCUCUUGCUGGCGGUAUCUUAACUGGUAAACAUAACGAAAGAAUAGCUGAAGAUUCUCGAUUAGCAUUAGAAGAAAAUGCUGUUAUGCGGCGAUUAAAGGAUGGAUUGUUAAGUGAAGAAGGCAGAAUUAAGAUUGAAAAAAUAAAAACAUUAAAGGCAAGUUUUCACAAACCUAUUGCUGAUAAAAUCGGGAUGACACCUGCCCAACUUGCUAUUGCUUGGUGUAUUAAACAACCAAACGUUAACACUGUGAUCACUGGUGCAUCCAAACCUGAACAAAUAGAAGAAAAUAUUCAAGCUGUAAAAUUGGUGGGCAGGUUGACACCAGAUAUUUUAGAAGAAAUUGAAGGAAUACUAAAAAAUAAACCAUCGCCUCAGUUCAAUUACAGAGAUUGUUAA